AUUUUUGAACCUAACCCCGGGGUCUACAAACGGCCACCUGGGGUUCACAUACAGCUGCCCAGGUACAUGGGGGGCAUCCUGUCCCUCCAUUUAGACUCUGCUGUACCUCCGCGAAGCAGGAAAUCGUGUUGAAUUACAGGCCUAAUCCUAGCGACCAUAGUCAAUAUCUCUCAUUGUUUUACAAGGAGCAACAACAACAGUACCUGAAGAUUUCUUGGUGCAACUUCUUCCAUGGCGUUCAACAUCACAAUUGGUCCCAGCCCUCACGGCUCCGAUCAUUCCUCACUUUCUGACGAAGAAGACUCCUCCGGCGUGCAAGUCUCCCCGCCGUCCGACUCGGGAAGCCAUGACUAUCAGGAUCCAUAUGAUGAAUGGGCACACCUGCCAUAUCCAGACGAGUUGAAGCCAUCUGAUUCCGCGUCUCGGCCUAGGACUUCGCAUCGUGCCCGUAGUCGUCACACGGUUCAUGGGUCGUCUUCAACCCGUCGUCACCCGGGUAGACGUCAUGUUGUACAAGAACGGGAACAUUUUACUCGUCGUCCUCGUCGCCAGCCUUCCCCCGAGUCUCCAGAGAGCCUGGACUCGGGGGAUGAGUAUGAUAGCCCUUAUGGUCGAGUAUCUCAUGAGAAGAGAAUCUGGCCGUCUGUGGCCCAAGGCCAAGGGUAUGCUCGCAGCCCCUCUCCGGUACCCUCGUAUGUUUACCCGGGUGGUGGUGCACCGCAUGCAGCUUAUGCACACCAAAGCGGUCACCAGCCUCCUUCAGACCAGCUUAUAAGGUUGGGCCCCCACGGACAUCCCGCUCAGUCGAAUCCUUACGGCCAUCCAAGUUAUGCCUAUAAUCACCAACUACAGCAACCUCAUGGCUCCUCUAUGCCGCCAUUUUUUGCUCAUGACCAUCAUUUGGGGCACCAUCCGCAUCAUACCCCACCUUCCCAUGCGCGAGGUGAUGGGCAUAAUCCACCACAACCUCCAUUGGGACGUUCUCUCUCAUCUCAUGGCCCAUCACCAUAUAGUGGUCCCCCACUGGGUCCACAUGACUUGGUCCCUUAUGGACCGGGGGGUUAUUAUCCCUUUAGAGAACCGUAUGGUAUGGUUCCUGGCAUGAUUCAUCCAUCAUAUUUCAAUCCAUACCCCCGCGUGCCAUCUCCAAGUCAGGUUGAAUCAACUGGUUCCCCACCUCCGCCACCCACGGAUACAUCAAAGGACGAAGCAAUUGCAAGGCUGGAGAAGUUGAUCUUGGAAGAAAGGACCGAACGCGAAGCGAGGGAACAGCGAGAAGCUGCACGACAAGCCGCAAUGGAGCAAGAAGCCGCCGAACAAGCCGCGAGAGAAGAGCGUGCUGCUCAUGAGAUGAGGAUUGUAGAGGAAGCUGCUACUCGUGCUAGAGCGGAGGCAGAGCAGAAAGCUGCCGAAGAAGCAGCGCAAGCAAAGAAAGAGGCGGAGGAAGCGGCCGCAGCGGCCGCAGCAGAGGCUGCAGCCGCGGCCACUGAAGCAGCCAAUGCAGCAGCAGCAGAAGCUAUUGCUGCCGCGAGGGCAGCUGCAUCAGAUAAGCCCCCCCCAGAAAAGAAAAAACCCAUAAAGUUCAAAGAUGCGGUCGGGAGGAAGUUCAGCUUCCCCUUUGACCUGUGUUGUACUUGGCAGGGUAUGGAAGAGCUCAUCCGCCAGGCUUUUCUCCACAUAGAGGUAAUUGGACCUCACGUCGCCGAGGGACACUAUGAUUUGAUAGGCCCCAACGGGGAUAUCAUACUUCCACAGGUUUGGGAAACUGUAAUCGAACCUGAUUGGACAAUAACUAUGCAUAUGUGGCCUAUACCAGAGAAGCCGAAGACUCCUGAGCCAGCUCCGCCUCCGGAUCCUCCUGUCCCAGAAACUGCCGCUGCCACCGAAGCUCUGCCAGUACCCGAAGACGUUGUCACUGUUCCUGCUGAGGAGCCUAAGAAAAAAACCGACUCGACAGGUGCGUCCUACGCCCACUGUUUCGCCAAGCAGUUCCUUGGAGCCUGUGUCUUGAGUGAAACACAAUUCGCCCCUCGCCUCGUUCUAUGCCGAAAGCUGACUUGUCUUUCUAGGAGCAAAAAAGCCGCGAACAAGAGCGUCCGACCCGGGUGCGUUUGCCAUGUGGAUGGCGGGCGGUAACCGUAGGUUGAACAAAACUUUAAAAGUGGGAAAAAAGCCUAGAGCAGUCCUGCAACACGGGUUUGCUUCUCGUGUUUUGUGAUAGGAUCUAAGCUUUUAGCUGCUACCUC